GAGCUCCCCGGCAUCGCCUGACACUCGAACUCAUGUGGCCAACCCAUCGAUAAAUCGUUUCAUUUUUCCCCCCUUCCCAAAUUAGGGCUUCGAAAUUCAUGCGUUAUUCAUUCUCCCUGUCAACGGCGAGAGCGGAUUGUUAGAUUCCUUGAGACUAUCUUGGCUUGCCGGAGCGAUUUUGUGCUAAAUCUCCGAUGAGUAUGCGAGGAAGGUACCCGCCCGGGAUCGGGAAUGGUCGCGGCGGCGGCGGAGGGGGCGGUUACGGAGGGGGCAGCGGUUACAGUGGGGGUGGAGGAGGCAACGGUUACGGCGGGGGUGGAGGAGGCAGUGGUUACGGUGGGGGCGGAGGAGGUAGUGGUUACGGUGGGGGCGGUUUCCGUUCAAGCCAGAAUUCUGGCGGCUAUAAUCAACCCAGGAACCAUCAUUAUCAGUACGCGCAGCAGCAGCAGCAGCAGCCUCCUCAACCCCAGCAGUAUGGCCAGCGGGCGUUGCAGAAUCAGUCGCAACAACAGCAGCAGUGGCUGCGGCGGAACCCUAGUGGUUCUAUGUCGGAAUCUUCAUCUAAGGAAAUCUUGAAAACUGUACAAUCCGAAGCUAUUGAUUCCAGCUCUCAAGAUUGGAAGGCUCGGCUAAAUAUACCCCCUCCUGAUACUCGUUAUCAGACUGAGGAUGUGACUGCAACAAAAGGAAAUGAGUUUGAAGAUUACUUCUUGAAACGUGAGCUACUUAUGGGGAUAUAUGAGAAGGGAUUUGAAAGACCUUCUCCCAUUCAGGAAGAAAGUAUCCCUAUUGCACUAACUGGUAGUGAUAUUCUUGCUAGAGCUAAAAACGGAACUGGAAAAACUGCUGCCUUUUGUAUUCCUGCACUAGAGAGAAUUGAUCCAGAGAUCAAUGCUAUUCAAGUUGUUAUACUCGUCCCUACUAGAGAGUUAGCACUUCAGACAUCUCAGGUUUGCAAGGAAUUAGGUAAACACUUGAAGAUACAAGUAAUGGUUUCUACAGGAGGAACUAGUUUGAAAGACGACAUCAUGCGAUUGCAUCAGCCAGUUCAUUUACUUGUUGGAACUCCUGGAAGAAUACUCGACCUUGCCAAAAAGGGCAUCUGUGUUUUGAAAGAGUGCACAAUGCUGGCUAUGGAUGAGGCUGACAAACUUUUAUCCCCCGAGUUUCAACCUUCUGUGGAGCAUCUAAUCAGCUUUCUACCCGAGCACCGGCAAAUUUUGAUGUUUUCCGCUACAUUUCCAGUGACUGUCAAGGAUUUCAAAGAUCGAUAUCUGAAAAAACCUUACAUUAUUAAUCUAAUGGAUGAGCUUACUCUGAAAGGUAUUACACAAUUUUAUGCGUUUGUAGAAGAGAGACAGAAGGUCCAUUGCCUCAAUACCCUUUUCUCUAAGCUGCAAAUCAACCAGUCAAUCAUAUUUUGUAACUCUGUGAAUCGAGUAGAACUGCUUGCAAGAAAAAUUACCGAGCUUGGCUAUUCUUGCUUUUAUAUCCACGCUAAGAUGCUACAAGACCAUAGGAACAAAGUUUUUCAUGACUUCCGCAAUGGUGCAUGCAGGAAUCUUGUCUGUACUGAUUUAUUCACCCGUGGUAUAGAUAUUCAAGCUGUCAAUGUUGUAAUAAAUUUUGAUUUUCCUAAGAACUCGGAGACUUAUCUGCACAGGGUCGGUCGAUCAGGAAGGUUUGGGCAUCUUGGAUUAGCUGUGAACCUGAUUACCUAUGAGGACCGUUUCAAUUUGCACAAAAUUGAGCAAGAACUUGGCACUGAAAUAAAACCAAUUCCUCCACAUAUUGAUCAAGCCAUUUACUGUGCGUAGUAUCUGAAGAUGAGCUGACUAUGGUGAGAUAAGUAUCAGACAGUUCAUAGAAACAUCGGCGCUUAGCUGCUACAGGAUACUUAUGCCUAGUAUUGAAGGGUGCCCAAAAUUGGCAGGGGUAACCAUCAAGUUACCCAGACAACCGGAAAGUGACUUCUUUAGCUGGUAUGGUAUUUUUAUUUAACACCUCAAGACAAAAAGGUGCCCUUUUACUAAUUCUCUUCCCUGCUCCCCUUUGAUCGACGUGUCUGAGAGAAUUACGAGCACAGUGUGGUUGUCAUAUUUCAUCAUGGUAUUUGUUGAGUUAUUUAGAUUCUUAGCAUUGGGAUCGUGUUUUCAAAAUGAAAUAAUCUUGUCGCUCGAACAGAUACGGGUCUUUCCUGCACUUUUUACUUGAUUUUACGACGUUGUUUGGUGGUUUUAGAAUCCUUGCUUUUCUAUUGUUUUUGAACUUGAAUAGUUGCUCUGUAUUGGCCUUUUGG